GGAAUUUUUGCAGCAUUCUAUGGUGAAGACAUCCAGUUGUCAAGUAUUAAUUUUGGAUGAAGCUGAUCGAUUACUUGAUCACAAUUUCAGUUCAGAAAUGUCAUUAAUUGCCAAAAUUUUGCCUCGACAGAAAAGGGUCGGAAUGUUCUCUGCAACUAUGUCUGCAGUGAUCGAUGAUGUAUUCAAGCUUGGCAUGUCCAAUCCUGUUCGGAUCACAGUGAAAUCUGAUCAAUUAAGCAAAAAGUUGAUACCGUCGAAGCUGAGACUAUUUUAUAGCAUCGUCCCGGCCGAUCAGAAAAUAGGACUUCUUUUCCAUCUGCUGGAAUCAUAUCAGUUCAAAAGGGCAAUUGUUUAUUUUCCAACAUGUGUGUGUGUUUCUUACUUCUAUAUGUUGCUGAAUCAUCUCUUGUCUUGUUUAUAUAAACAAGGCAACGAUUGCAAAGGUAUAAGGCUACACUCCUUGCACGGGAAGCUGCAGUUGGAAACUAGGACAAAAACGCUGUCUCUUUUUUCCGGGCUUUCAGAUUAUAAGAACGUGCUGCUCAGUACAGAUGUCGCCGCCCGAGGCUUAGAUAUACCUGAUGUCGAUCUGGUCAUACAACUCGAUCCUCCUACGGACCCUGACGUCUUUGUUCACAGAUGUGGUCGCGCUGGUCGCGCCGGGAAAUCCGGUACUGCUGUGGUGUUCUUGACUCCAGGCCUUGAAGAAAACUACGUUGAUUUCAUGAGUUUGAGAAAGGUGGAAUUACACGACCUUGGCAAUGUACAUUACGAUCCUCAAAGAUUUGAGCUGAUCCAUCAGGAGUCACGUACCUGGUUACUUGCUGAUAGAGCUAGACACGAAAAGGCGACAAAGGCGUUUGUGACUUACAUCCGACAUUACUCGAAACAUUCUGCUGCAUCUAUAUUCCGACUUUCUGCCUUGGACUAUUGGGGACUCGCAAAAGAGUUCUCCCUUUUCAGGUUUCCAAAGAUGCCAGAAAACAAAUUUAUCCAUGAUUUUCCUGAGGGCGGAUUCAUUGACAAAAGUGUGACUUUCGAAAAUCAAUCCUACUCAAACGCACAGAAUGAAAACGAAAGAUUGCAGGAAUUUUGUUUAUCCUCGAAAACAGUACAACCCAAUGAUGCAAUUCUCGAUAGAAAAGCACGGAAGGAAAGGAAUUCACCCUGGAGUAAGAAUGCAAAGUCUAAAGUUAACGAAAAGCAGUCGUCAUACAGCUCGAAAGAAAACAAAAAAAAACGGCUAUUAUUACCAGAAGCUGAACUCCGGGAAACUCAAGAGGAUUGGAAAGAUCUCGUGAGAUCUAAUAAGAGACAAAAGGCCCGCGAAACGACGAAUUUUUUUAAUGAUUUAUGAUAAAAGCUUUUGUAUAAAUAAGCAAAUACUAAGUAUUUAGAAGACCCUUCAGGUCUGAAGGGGCAUCAAAUUUGAGAGCUUCUUUCCAAAAUUUGGACAAAUGUCUGCUUCCUGAGUCGCAAGCAAUAAAAACUAUGGUAUCGCCUUUUUUGGCCUUCGUAAAAGCUACCCUAGCAGAAGCUACCGCAUUCACGCAAGAACUCGAUCCAAGAAAAAGCCCCUCAUUCUCGUUGAGAUAUCGAGCCAUCAAAAGAGCCUGUUUGUCGCUGACUUUUUCCGCCGCAUCAAUAUACAUCUCUCCCCGUGAGAAAUUAUUAGUAAUUCUGUUCAAUCCAAUUCCUUCCACUAGAGUGUCAACUUGAUGCCUUCUUCUGGUUCCUUCUUUCUCGACUGUGUCAUACAUUAUACCAUACUGAACUCUAUUGUAAAGGCCGGAUCCUUGAGGGUCCGCCAAGAUUGUCUUAAUUGCGGCAUUCUUCUGUUUGAAGAAUAUCGAACAGCCUGCAAUUGUGCCACCCGUUCCUGCGCCUGAAACGAAAAAAUUUAACUUUCCACCUGUUUGCUCCCAUAUCUCUUUUGCGGUAGUUUCAUAGUGAACUUUCCAGUUGCACUCGUUCUCGAAUUGGUCUGCAAACACAGCGUUAUUAUCGGAACCGGAAUCACUAGCAAUUUUAUCGGCUCCACUUUUGGCUGCAUUUACAUAUUGAUUUGGGUCGACAAUGGAUGCUGGUUUCACUUUUUCAAUAACAGCUCCAUACAUUCGUAGGAGAUUCACUUUCUCAUCCGAAGUGUCAUCAGGCAGGCAUAUAUGUGCUGUGUAGCCCAAAGACUUGCAAAGCAUAGCUAUUGAAAUGCCCGUAGACCCUGAAGUCCCUUCAAAAAUGACAUCGCCCCUGUUGGGUUUAAUCAAAUUUCUAUUUUCAAAGUCCUUAAUAAUCGCCAGAGCAACUCUAUCUUUCGCCGACCCCCCUGGAUUGCAUAGUUCCAUUUUUGCAUAUAUCUCACAGCCCGUAGCCUCGGAAAGUGAGCGUAUUUUGAGAAGAGGUGUAUUGCCUAUCAAAUCUGCCAAACAUUCAGCUUUUGUUUGUUUUCCUCUGAACUUUUUGAGGUUUUUCAGCC